GGGGGGCCGGGCUGGCCUCGCGGGGAGUGCGGGUCGGUUUUGUGCGCGUUGCCAGACGAGGCUCCCGCCGCCGAUUGACCCGCGCUCCGCCCCGCAGCCGGGCCGGGACCUUGGUCGCUAAUGUCAGAAGAAAGUGACUCUCUGCGAACCAGCCCCUCUGUGGCCUCGCUCUCCGAGAAUGAGCUGCCACCACCGGCUGAGCCUCCUGGUUACGUGUGUUCACUGACAGAGGACCUGGUCACCAAAGCCCGGGAGGAGCUGCAGGAGAAGCCCGAGUGGAGACUCCGGGAUGUGCAGGCCCUUCGCGACAUGGUGCGGAAGGAGUACCCCACCCUGAGCACAUCCCUGGAUGACGCCUUCCUGUUGCGCUUCCUCCGUGCCCGCAAGUUUGAUUACGACCGGGCCCUGCAACUGCUGGUCAACUAUCACAGUUGCAGGCGAAGUUGGCCCGAGGUCUUCACUAACCUGAGGCCAUCAGCCCUGAAAGACGUCCUCAAUUCCGGAUUCCUCACUGUGCUGCCCCACACAGACCCCAGGGGCUGCCAUGUCCUCUGCAUCCGCCCAGACAGAUGGAUCCCAAGCAACUACCCAAUUACUGAAAACAUCCGAGCCGUAUACUUGACAUUAGAAAAACUCAUUCAGGCUGAAGAAACACAGGUGAAUGGAAUUGUAAUUCUUGCAGACUACAAAGGAGUGAGCUUAUCAAAAGCAUCUCACUUUGGCCCUUUUAUAGCCAAAAAGGUGAUUGGCAUCCUCCAGGAUGGUUUCCCCAUUCGGAUAAAAGCAGUCCACAUAGUGAAUGAACCUCGAAUAUUUAAAGGCAUUUUUGCCAUCAUAAAACCAUUUCUGAAGGAGAAAAUAGCAAACAGAUUCUUCCUCCAUGGGGCUGACCUGAACUCCCUCCACACAAACCUUCCAAGAAACAUUCUCCCCAAGGAGUACGGGGGCACAGCUGGGGAGCUGGACACUGCCACCUGGAAUGCGGUGCUGCUGGCCUCAGAGGAUGACUUUGUGAAGGAGUUCUGCCAACCUACGCCUGGCUGUGACAGCAUCCUGGGCCAUACGCUACUGCCUGAGGGUCUGAGCUCAAAUGCACAGUGUGAUGAUUCCAUGCGAGCUGUUAAGUCCCAGCUGUAUUCCUGCUAUUAGCUUGUCCCCUGGGCUGUCACCAUGUUUAACUCCUUUCCUUUCUUCUUUAGACUCACAAGGAGAACUUAGGUGCCAAGGCUUCAGUCUUGCUCUAAUUAAAUGGCAGCAUGGAGAACUUUGAAGGUGAGCCCAUCAUGGGGUAAGCCUUUGGUUACUU